AAAUAAAAAAUAUUAUUAUCUACACACAAGGCAUAUUCAGAAUCAACCUGUUGCGAACUUUACACAUUAUCUCAUAUUGCCAAUAUUAUAUUUGCUACAGACGUAGAAUAGACAGAAUUUCUACCAGAAAUCUUCAUUCAAAGCGGACGAAAUCGCGGGCAAAAGCUAGCACAAUAUAUUUUUGAAUCAAAGUAAUAUUUCUUCGCUCGCUUUCUACUUAUGUACUUUAAACAAUUUUUUUUUUUUUUCGCCUGACUGUUCGAUUUGGGUGUUUGCAAUUGAUUUUUGCUAUCAUUUAUGUGACAAACCAAAUAUUAAAGCUGGUGACGGUCCCAGUUCCUUCCGGGCCUAGUCGCCAGAUUCCUCAUUGUGAGAGUCAUCGUGUUUUUUUUUUUAAUUUUUAAACGCUGGAUGUCGCAAUUUCACACCAAUGCAACAAAAUUAGUGAGUCAUUCAUUAAUUUACUAAUUAUUUAUUUUAUAACUUCUGGUUGUUUGCGUUUUACUUUAAGGAUCUAAAUGAUCCAUUUUGAUGUCAUUAAUAAUGACAUUUUAAUUAGAUACAGUAUUAGUUUACUACUUACACAAAUUACAUGAUUACGCAAAUUUUUGGCCAUUAAUAGACCACAAAAAAAAGUCCUAAUAGAGGCCUAAUAACGUAAAAACUAAUUAUAAAUUAAUAUUUAGUCGCACGCCCUACCAUUUUUCUGCUAGAGGCUGUAUGGCCGGCUGCCUUCAGUCGUUUACCGUUUGGCGGGAAAAAAACAUACGCGGUCCGCAUUGGGCGCGUAUUUUACAGUGUUGUUUUAUAUAAAUAGGUUGCUUAUAAAGCUGUGUGGUUCGUCUUCGGAUUGUUAUUUGUUAAUCGAGAAUCGCACGAGAGAUCUGUUGUCCUCAGUAGAAAUGUAUCGAUCACUGAUCCCGUUACUAGUGUGCGUCAGCGUAGCACAGACUGCGCCUCAACAAAACAGCAAUAUCACUUACAUCAAGCCUCUAGACCCAACACCUCCUGCACCUAAAGUUGUCACAAGUGAAUCUAGAAUAGAAAAUGUUACGAUACCAGCUGACACUGAGAAGGAAAUAAGGAACUCCUCGCAAGCGUACAGCCCACCUAUCUAUAAUUACUCUGACAGAAUAUAUUCCAUUAAAAACAGACCAAAAUCUACUACAGAGAAGAUUAUCGCUUCAACAGAAGACAGCAAAGAAACUUCAAGUGAAAAACCAGAGGAAAGUAGCUCUGAACCGAAAGGCAGUGACAUUAUAGCAGUUGAGAGUAUUACCAGCGUCAGAACAGAUGACACGGAGACACCAGAAACAGAAGCAACAGUAAAUCAGGAAACCAUCACAGAGAAGUACGAAGAAGAUACAACAGUAACUACAGAGGUUUACGAGGAAACUACUAAGCUAUCGACUCCCCGACCAUUACCAAAGCUGAGUUACUACGGUAAAUCUUCUUCAGGGUCAUUCUCGCAGAACUUGAUCCCAAUCCCUGGUAAAAGAAGGUUCCGGUCACGAUGCCGAUGUGAGAAGAUUUGGAACUGCGCCAAACUGCAAAUCAGUGUACCACGGUGUCCUGAAGAGUAUUUCAUGUGUUGUACAUAAACUUUUAAAGUGUAGAAACUCUAUUAGUUGUAAGCCCACCGAACUUUAAUUGACAUGAAAUAAAUAUAUUUAUAAACUCGAAAAUUGUAUUAUGAAGUGUUUGUUUGAACGCGGUGUUAUCACCAUAAUGUAGGGAUCAAAGUGUCGCUUUUCGCUGUCUGUCCCUAUGUGUGAUUAGAUCUUUAAAACUGCGCAAUGGAUUUUGAUGCGGUUUUUAGAUAGAUUCAAGAGGAAGGUUUUAUAAUAGUUUACAUGUAAAAUAACAUCCUAAACCACGCGUGUGAAGCCGCGGGUGGAAAGCUAGUUUAUUAUAGAGCAGUGCUUAGGUCUUACAUUGUAAAUUGAAAAGGGGUCCAGUAUAAGUCGAUACAAGUCAUAUUAACAUGACUCACUUAGAGCUAAAAGUAGCUCUGCCUGUAACCACCAUACUCAGAGUCAUUUAAUGGUUACUUACCCCAGUCCUUAGCAAUUGUUUUCAAUACAAAAUCGUUACUAAGGAAUAGUUUAAGUAAUCAUUAAAUGUCUCUGAGUGUGGCAGUAAGACAAACAAUUUUGGUAGCUGGGUAUAAAUAAUGAUUAGGUACAUAAAUAUUGUUGCCAAUAAUGGAUAUUUUGGACAUUAAAUGAUUUAAUAUUCACAUCUAACACAUAGAUAUAAGAAUACACAUUUCUUUAUUGGAAUCCCAAUUAUAUCUCACAUCAAUUAUACAUUACAUACAUUCUAUAAAAAGUUAUCAUUAAUUCGUUAUACAUUUAUUAAUGUUUAU